ACCUCGCAACAAUUCUAGUGCAACAAAAUACAAAAUGAGUAAAAUUCCUCAAACUAUUUUACUCUUCUCAUUUUACUUGGUUAUCGGAAAUUUCCCUAUUUGCAAUGGAUUUGUUCCCGGUGGAAGCAAGCUAUUAGUUGGAAUGGGAAUGGGUUACAGCUAUCCGUACCCAUCGCAUCGAGAAUCCACAGCACUCGACAACUACUUGAAGUCAAAACUGAAAACUGAAAACUUUACCAAACUUCUGCUGGCGGAAAAUCCAGAUAAUUCAUUAACACUGGAACAAUUGGAUACUUUGGAAAUCCCCAAUUUUUCCGAAGUUACCAUAAAGAACAACUUUGUCAACAUGGAUGUGUCAUUUAAGAAAACCACCCUUUCGAACUUUGGAACAAAAGUUGGCCCACGUUGCAUCUCUGUCAAUUUAAAGGAAAGUCAAAUUUCGGUGGGAUUUUCCGCUUAUAAUUUGAUCCUGUCAGGCGAUUAUACUGCACAGGGAUCCCUGUUGAAUGGUAGCAUGCCACUUAAAUCCAACGGAAACUGGUCGACCCAGCUCUUGAUGUCGUGCACAUUCAAUUCCAACUUCCAUUAUGUCAACCAAUCCUAUAUCAUGCUUGACACGGACGCAGACGCUAAUAUAAUCGAUUUUCGGUGUGAUAAAGCUGGUGACAUGUAUGGUUGGUCUGGUAACGUCGGAUGUGAUGCAAUGCGAGGGAUAUAUUUUGCCUCUAUUUACCCAAAUGACGCAGAAAGCAGUGGUUUUGAUGGUAUAUUUUCUAAUAUUGAGAAGACAAACAACGUGACUGGAGUGAAACGUUAUGUGGAGAAGAUGUUGCGACAUGAAAUGGAACCCUUGUCCGCAGCAAGUGUAGCAGAUCGUGAUGGAGUCAUAAGGACAAAGUUUGUCCCCUUGUUUUACAAAUAUGUGACAAAUUUGGCGAAGGAAAAAUCAGUUUUUGAAAUGAUGAACUUUUCCAUUAUGCAACACUUCUUUUAUCCGAGACAAAAUACCAGAGAGAUGAGUCCAGCGGCUACGUCAACUAUGGAUAAUUGAAAACAAGCAUAAUUCUUGUUGUUCUACCCAUAUUUAUACCGCUGAGUAUACGACAAUCUUUAAUAGCGACAUUUUUCUCAGAAUAAAAAUAAAUAUUAUUCAGGAACACUUUCUUCUGAUAAGUAACGUUGAUCUAUUCAACUUAUAAAAGUUUUGUUAGAUUAGUACAAAAUCAUUUAGAUAGGGAGAACCUUGUUCAGAAAAUUAUGUACUAUAAAAUCUUUAUUAAUUGAAUCGUCAAGAUUAAAUCAUCAAUUUGACAAUUUUUCGAUAGUAAAUAAUCGAAAUUCUGUGUUAAAUUGUUUCCAUUACAACUUCAUUAAAAUGUAGUUUGCAGUUUGUUAAACAAUAAAUUUUCUCACGUUAACAUUUGCUCGCAAAAUUUGUACCAAUGUAUUAUUCAGUCAUUGAAUGAUUAAAUCAAGCUGCAAUUUAAAUAUGAAGAGGAUGACAGUUUAUUUAUUACAAACUCGUCGCAGUAUAUUUGCUUGGAGUUGACGUGGUAAAUUGUGCCCGCAAAUUAUAGUGCUAUUGUAAGUCAAACCGAUAUUGGAGAUUAAAUACAUUAACUUGCUCAGCUAAAAUGUCCAUGUUAAAACAACUAACUUAAAUAUGAAAUUUAUGUAACAAUAGAUAUGUAAUGUAUACGUCUUAAUUAAACACUUAAAAAAACAGAAGGGUAUCCAUAUCAGUCACAAAUUAAUCUGUAAUAAAUCUUUAAUAAGUAAA